AGGUGCUGCUGGUCGAGAGCAAUCACGUGAGCUUCGUGUAUGAGGAGAACGAGUGCUCCCUGGUGGUGCUCAGUGCAGGAACCGAGGAUGGAGGUGUCUAUACCUGCACAGCCCGGAAUCUGGGCGGCGAAGUCUCCUGCAAGGCAGAGUUGUCUGUGCAUUCAGUCCAGACAGCUAUGGAGGUCGAGGGGGUCGGAGAGGAUGAGGAGCACCGAGGAAGAAGACUUAGCGACUACUACGACAUCCACCAAGAGAUUGGCAGGGGCGCCUUCUCCUACCUGCGGCGUGUGGUGGAACGGAGCUCUGGCCUGGAGUUCGCAGCCAAGUUCAUCCCUAGCCAGGCCAAGCCCAAGGCAUCAGCAAGACGUGAAGCCCGGUUGCUGGCCCGGCUCCAGCAUGACUGUGUGCUCUACUUCCACGAAGCCUUCGAGAGGCGCCGGGGACUUGUCAUUGUCACCGAGCUGUAUCCUGGGACCAGACUGGGAUGAAAGACUGUCCUUUGUAAAAGCAAAUUGGGAACAGGUUUUGCCCUUUGCAAAGUGGUCCUUUGAGCUAGGGCUGU